GUCAAGUUUCUGCGCACAUGUGUUUGAAGUUUCUACUGUCAAAGCAGUUGGGUUGAAGACAUUAGGAAAAUUCCACAAGCUUUUAUCGGGGAAAGAAUUGGCUAGAUUCUUAAAGAAAAUUUGAGUUUAAAUACAUAAAUAACGUGAAAAUAACAAUGAGCGAAGACUACUUAAGUCAACCACUAUCGCUGGGGUCGUCAUCAACAGAUGAAGCACGCACGAAUCGAUCGAGUGGAGCGUCAUCCGGUACAAGCACAUUUAGUACCCCUAUAUCACCAUAUCUAAAUUACGACCCGCGUUUCCUGCAACAAGCGCAACCAGAAUUUAUUUUUCCGGAAGGCGCCAAUAAGCAACGUGGACGCUUCGAACUAGCGUUUUCACAGAUUGGAAGUUCUGUGAUAGUUGGGGCGGGAAUCGGUGGGUUGGCUGGAUUUUACAAUGGUCUUCAAACAACCACCGCAUUGAAACAGACCGGAAAAUUGAGACGAACACAACUGCUCAAUCAUGUGAUGAAACAAGGCUCAGGCACUGCAAACACUCUGGGGACAAUAGCCGUGAUGUAUUCCGCUUUCGGUGUACUGCUGCAAAGUGUACGCGGUGAAGACGAUGAUAUUAACACGGUUAUCGCUGGCACAGCUACGGGAUUGUUGUACAAAUCUACAGCCGGUCUUAGAAGGUGCGCAAUCGGUGGAGGUGUAGGACUUGGUAUAACAACGCUUUAUUGUCUCUUCCAAUUUAUGCGGUCGAGUUCCGGCGGGUCUAAUUUGAAAUUCCUGUAAAGUCACAAGUGUUUCAAAAAUUGAAGUGGAUGUAGUAAACUGACUGCAUUAUUUUGUAUACAUAUACGAAUGGUAGUUAGCUGCUGGUAGUGACAUAUGUAACUCCAGAUCGUGGAGAUGAAUGGAGUUGCGUUAUUCCUCUAUGUAACGCGCUCAAACGUACAUAGCAAAUCUAAGUUGUAAGUUUCCCUUGUUUUCUAAUUUUUAUUUUUUUUUAAUUGUAUUAGUUACUAGAACGUGAUGAGUUAAGUUGAACAAAAUAAUACCGAAGACACUUUGCUUAGUAAGCAAAAAUGAUAAAAUACUGAAAAAAUAACACAACUAUACUUUAAAUUUUUUGUGUAAUCCAGGGGAGUAUGUUUUUGCGGUGUAUGUAUGUAAAUUAAAAAUAGUGGUACAACAAAUUGUAGAA